AUGCAUACAAUGUUUAAGGAGCUGCACCCUAACAAUAAAAUAUCCUAUGAAUCGUAUAGACAGGUGUUUUGUCGUGACUUCAAUAUUUCUUUUGGAUAUCCGCGAACAGACCCUUGUAGCGCUUGUGAUGAGUUUAUAGUAAAGAUUAAAAACUUAGAAUCUGGAAAACUGGAAAAUACGGAAAACCUACAAAUAUCUAUGGAAAUAAAAAGAUUAACUACAGAAAAUACAUUACAUAAGAAAAAAGCAGAAAUGUUUUAUAGCCGGAAGAAAAUGGCUAAGAAAAACAGUAGAAAAAAUUCUAACACAGAGGCAAUUUGUAUGGACUUCGCCAAGAAUCUGCAGGUUCCAAAUAUAUCAACAAAUUAUAUUUACUACAAGAGACAGCUAUCAGUAUAUGCAUUUAACGUGCAUGUUUUGUCUACUUCUGGGAGUAAUUUUUAUGUUUAUUCAGAAUCCAAAGGGAAAAAGGGUCCCGAUAAUGUGUGCUCACUGCUUCAUAACUUCAUAUAUAGCCAUCUUGAUCCAGAAGUGAAGCAUCUGAAAAUAUUUUGUGACUCUUGCAGUGGUCAACAAAAGAAUUUCGCUUUUUUUCGUUUUCUGCACAACCUAGUUAACAAUGAGAAAAGGUUAGAAUCCGUUGUUGUCACAUUUCCUAUUCGAGGACACUCAUAUAUGGAAUGUGAUAAGAAUUUUGGUCUUGUUAACAAAAAAUCGAGAGCAGAAGUUCCCGAAGACUGGUUGCAAAUAUUGGAGGAUGCCCGCCAUUCGUUGACUCCAUUCAACGUUAUCAAUGUGAAUCACACAUUAUUCCGUAGUUGGACAAAAUUUCUCGACAAUAGUUACCCUAAAAAGUCUUCAUUCCCAUCUAGGCCAAUCAGAGAAAUCAACAUACAGAGAGGAGCUCUUCUACAAUAUCGCACCACAUACAAUGGGGCUUGGGAGUCAGCUUCAUUGCAAGUAAAACGCCGCAAAUCCUCAAGGCUACCUGUUUGUCACCUCAAGGAUAACGAAUUUAGGCUACCUGAGUAUAGCUAUGAAGGACAGCUUCCAAUAUCUGCUGAGAAGUUUCGCGAUAUUCAGCAUUUGAAAAAGUUUUGCAGCCGAGCAGCGCAAGAAUUUUUUGCAAAUUUGCCGCACCAAUAA